AAACAGAAGGUACAUCCCCAGCUGCAACCGAAAGAGUAACAGAAACUGCAUCUGCACUAUCGACACAGACACCAACGGAAUCACCAGAAAGAUCUAGUUCCGUUUCAGUAACAGAUGCUGAAAGGUCAUCAAGUCUAAGUACAGAAACAGAAGGUACAUCCUUUGCUGCAACGGAGCGAUUAACAGAAACUGCAUUUGCAUCAUCGACACAGACUCCAACRRAAUCACCAGAARGAUCUAGUUCWGUWUCAGUARYAGAUGYUGAAARKUCAUCAAGUCCAAGUACAGAAACAGAAGGUACAUCCUCGGCUGCAACGGAGCGUUUUACAGUGACUGCAUCUGCAUCAUCUACAGUCACUGUAUCAUCCAGAAUUGGUUCAACUACCAGUGCUCUUAUUUCUUCUUCUGCAGAACCUGUAUUAGAUUAUACUUCUACAACAAAUCUUCCUAUCUCUCCAGAUUCUCGUUCUAAUAGUUCUGAAUGUACAUCUCCUGGAUUCUUCCCAAAUCCAGAUGAUUGCUCUAAGUUUUACAGAUGUGUUCGUAUCGGUUUGCUGAAUUUAUUUACUAGGUUUGAUUUCGUGUGUCCUGACGGACGUGUUUGGGAUCAAGACUUGUUUAUGUGUAAUUUUCCAUGGGCCGUAGCAAGCUCCAAUUGUAAGGAGAAGGAAUUUCCUACUCCAGAUAUAGAUGAUGAAUCUGACCCUCCAAAAGAUAACAACAUAUGUCCAAUUGGAAAAUUGACUGGUGAUCAAAUUGCUCUUGUUUGUCCUUCUGGAUUCCGAAAGCAUCCCAAAUAUUGUAAUAUCUUUUAUCAGUGUACAUCUGAAAGUAAUUUGGACGUCAAUAUUGCCUUGUUUGCUUGCCCUGAUGGUAUGAUUUACAACGCAGAGAAAAUUCAGUGUGUUCUUGCUAAUGUGUUUAACUACUUAUUCUUAGGCUGUAAAGACAUUCUUGUCAAUCCGACGGAUAACUUUGUUCCCAUUUUGAACGUACCGUCUACUCCACUUUGUCCAUACCCAGGAUCUUUUCCAUAUCAUCCAGGUUGCUCAAAUGCAUUCUUCAAAUGUAGACGCGAUCGAAAAGGCUUAUUACGAGGUUAUCUCUAUAAAUGUCCUCCUGAAAACGUAUUUUCUCCAUUUUCAAGAAAGUGCGAGCCUGCAAAGUAUUUUCCUCAAUGUUUAAAAGUUAGGGCUAAUUAUCGUAUGGAAUCUUCCUCUAAUAUGCAUACGACCCAUCAUAAUAUCUUUUAUUUUGGAAAACAAUUACCUUAAAAUCUUAUAUAAACUUAGAACGCAUUUACAUUUACUAUUAUCAUUAACAAUAUCUUCCUUAUGUUGCGUAAAAUAAAGCAAUAAUUAUUACAGCAUUUAAGAAAUAUUGUUAAAAAUUAGAA